GUGAACUCACAUCCUCUACAGUCUAUCCAACAAAAUGGACACAAAUGGACUCGGAAUAGACCAAGAGCUCUUCAGCUGUUGCAUCUGCCUGGAUUUACUGAAGGAUCCAGUCACUAUUCCCUGUGGACACAGCUACUGCAUGAGCUGUGUUAACACUCACUGGAAUGGAGAGGUGGGUAAGCAGAGCUACAGCUGCCCUCAGUGCAGACAGAACUUCACUCAGAGACCCGUCCUGGUGAAAAACACCAUGCUGGCUCUUUUAAUGGAGGGACUUAAGAAAAGUGGACCUCCAGCUGCUCCAGUGGCACACUGCUCUGCUGCACAUGGAGAUGUGUCCUGUGAUUUGUGCUCUGUGAGGAAAGUGAAAGCUGUAAAAUCCUGUCUUCAGUGUCUGGUGUCUUACUGUAAAGAACAUCUUCAGCCUCAUUAUGACGUCGCUGCGUUAAAGAAGCACAGACUGGUGGAGCCCACUGAGAAUCUCCAAGACAACAUCUGCUCUAUACACGAUGAGGUAAUGAAGAUGUUCUGUCGCACUGACCAGCUGUGUAUCUGUUACCUCUGCUCUGUGGAUGGACACAAAGGCCACGACAUAGUGACAGCUGCAGCAGAGAGGACUGAGAAGCAGAGAGAGCUGGAGGCCUUCAGAGAGAAAAUACUCCAGAGAAUUGACAACAAGGAGAAAAAUGUGUCCAGUCUUCAACAUGAGGUAAAGAAUGUUCUACGUUCUGCAAAUGCAGCUGUGGAUUACAGUGACCGAGGCCUUAAAGAGUUGAUAAGUCUACUUGAAAAAAGAAUAAAUGACAUGAAGAUGCAGAUCAGAUCCCAACAGGAAGCUAAGGAGCACAGAGUCAAAGAGCUUCAGGACAAACUGCAACAGGAAAUCACUGAGCUGAAAAAGACACAGUCUGAACUGGCCUCACUCUCACACAUUGAAGACCACCUCCAGUUUUUACACAAGUUUGCUUCGAUUUCAAAAGUCUGUGAAACUUCAGAGUCACCCUACACCUGCAGGACCCCUCCACCUUUUCAGGACAUGGUAACAUCUGCUCUAUCAGAGCUGAGAAACAAACUACAAGAACCCUGUCAGUUAAAACCACCCACUGUGGCUCACAACCUUAAAGUGAAUAAUCCUAAAAGCGAUAAUGGUCCUGUUGGAGCUCAGGUGAAUGUACCAUUACAACAGAACACAUCAGUGGACAGACCAGUUCUCCCCGGUCCAAAAAUGAAGAUGACAGGUUCCAUGUCGCAACCUUACUAUGACUUCACAUUUGUGCCAAAUUACAGUUUAAUAACUAAAUAUGCACGUAAAAUAACAUGGGAUCCACGGAGCGCUAACGAUAAACUGCUGCUGUCAAAAGAAAACCUUAGUGUUAAACGCAUGCCCUACAAACAGAACCACCAACAUCACCCAGCACGAUUCACAGAUCUCCCUCAAGUUGUGAGCAAAGAGACUUUGAGUGGUUGCGCUUCCUGUCACCUGUAUACGGUUCAUGAUAAUGUCAUUACAGUUGCAGUUGCUUACAAAGACAUAAGAAGAGAUGGAUCCUCCAACGAUUGUUCCUUUGGAAUGAACAACAAGUCUUGGGCACUAGAGUGUUUCCAUCACCAGAGACGCUGUGUGUUUUGGCACAAUGGAAAAGGAGUUGAGAUUGAGAUACCACUGAGAUCUUAUGUGUAUGUCUUUGUGGAUUACAGAGCUGGAAUUUUGUCUUUUUAUCAAAGCGGUCUAACAGAUGCCAUCUACACAGUCAAGACUACCUUCACACAGCCUCUGGUUGUCGGGGUACGUCUUGAUAGCAUCUUUAGCACUGCUGAAAUUAUGUGAUAAAAGAGAUGAUUCUCCAUGAAAUCUACACUCAUCUACGUCAUUUCUACCUUUGUGGAAAAUCACAAUUAACGUCUUAAAUGAUAAGUUCAAAU